ACUUCCAUAAAAUACUACGCUAGAUGACCUGACUUAAGGUUAUACAAGUAUUAAAGACCCUGAGAGACCUUAAAAUCUAAAAUGUUCCCUAUUAACGUUAUGGUCCAUUAUCAUCAAAUCAUCAAGCAUCUCGUCAUCAAAACAGGAUACAGUCGUACAUCACGUAAUAAAAGGUACAAAGAAAUCAAGCACACCCUCCAGACUCCCCGUGUCCCCACUCCGUCGUUCCAGGCGUUCCAGUCGUUCCCAUCUCGUAUAAACGUGCAGAUUUCCACUCCCUCGUGGUCUUGGCUCUUCUGAGGUUCCCCUCCGAGGUAACCAUCCCAUCCAUUCCCCUCGCAAGUUCGGCUCGCUUCCAAGUUCCCAGAAAUCCACGACCUCCACCACCGGCCAGCCCACCAGCAUUCUAGGCUCCCAGGUCCGAAACCUCAGGUUCAAUGCCCUUUUAAGCGCCCCCACCGCCCCCACCAGCACUUGCAGCUGCAGCCUUUCGAGCCCGAGCGAGUUUUUCACGCAAGGCCAGCCCGCUCACCAACACCAUAAGCUGAAACCGAUCUCCAUACUGCGCGUAGAUAUUCAUUUUUCCACUCGUAGAGGUAAAACUCCCGCCCGACGACAGAACCGCUAAUAUCCGGUCCGAAUCGUCCACCAGCUUCAGGUCUCCAGAGUGUCGACUACUGCCUAGCGAACGCGUCCGUUUCCACGUAAACGUACAAGGUUGAUGGCCGCUGCCUAUACUCAUGCGGAUCGAGUAUCGGACGGACAUUCUGCUGUCACGGUUGAGACAGAGCCAUUCGAUCGCGUGAGCCUGCGCCGGAUCGCCGAGCCCGAUUUCCGUGUCCGAUGAGAAAUGUCGGUAUUUACUGACCCCCGCGAUGGGUCCGGUGGUAUUGGGUCCCGCGUGGAAGGUUAGAUCGGGCUUGCCCGGUGUCCAGUGUGAGUUGUCUACAUGGUAGACCGUUUGUCCGUUGAUUGUGAUAUCCCAGGCUUUGUGGAAGAAUCCCCGAGAGAUGGUGUACUGAGCAAUGGGUUGGGAUCCGUAGCCCGACAUGGUCGUAGCGAGACGGGUAGUAGAUCGAUAUACUGGUAGUCUAGUUCGAAGGGCCGAAUUUAUGUAAAGAGUAGACGAGAAUAUUGCAUUGCAGGCACGAGUCUUGCUAUGGUGUGCAGGAAUUGCCAGAGAUAAUGUCUAGUUGGUACUCGGUUCUUUAUAAAGAUGCUCAUCCACUCGGUGUUUUUCUGCUGCGGACUACUAAAAUAAAACCAUGCUCUGGGUCACGGCAAGGCUGAGGUCAUCCAGCGGUGUAUUGGACCCUGUAGGGUCAAGAUCAUCGGCUCGUUGGGCGCACUGGCCCCAGCUCGAUGACGAAGGGCCCUCAAUAACGAUUUGGCAGGGCAGUGCUUAACGAUGAUGUGCCAAUCACCUUAACGGCCCCCAAACGAAGGCAACUGGCUACCUAAUAGUCACGUGAGGAUAAUCGGAUUGUUUGCCGUAGAAACACAUAAGGAUGAUCAAGACUCGGUCACAUGAUCUAGAUGGCCCGUCGGUCACAUGACAUGGUAUUUCGCGGGCGAUUCUCAGGCGCGUCUGGAAGAGGACGAAACGAAGCAGGAAAAAAACAUUCCAGCAGAUUGCCAGAUGAUGGAUCGCAUUUAAUCCACCGACCCAUCUUUCACCUUCUCCAUCAUCUGGUGCCACCCACAUUUGACUCAUUGCGCCAUUGCCCCCUUGCUAUCCUUUUCUGCUGCAGCUGUUGCGGCCCAAAAAGUGUCUCUCGGAGAGCAAGCUGUUGGAUCCAUCUUUCGUCUCCGUGAUCUUACCCCCCCCCCCCCCGCAAACACACCCACCAUGUCCUUCAAAGUCCCCUACGAUUCAAGCCCGCCACCUUCUACACCGGACAAGUCCAAAGGUCAGAGCUUCUGGAGCAAUGUCUCCACGACACCUGCCGGCCCGCCGCCAUCGACGGCAAACUCAUUCACACCGCAAGGGCACCCUCCAUCGACCACGUUCGGAACGUCGCAGCUAGAUUCGCAUUCCAAGGUCAAUUUUGGACAGUCGAGUAACUCGCUUUUCACCAAGUCUGGAGGUUUCAAGACUGGCGACAGUAUCUUCGGAUCUUCGUUUGGAUCAGACUUUGGUCUUCCCAAACCAAAGGCACCUCCUGCUAGACCGCUCGCACCUACACCGUCGCAGGGUCGAUUCGGUGGCGCCACGAAUGGCGGCUCAUUUGGUCGUUCCGUAACCUUUGGUGAGUCCAAUGGUUUCGGUUCCUCUCAGAUGGACGAAUACGAGGACGAAGGCGAAGAAGAGAUGGAGCCCGAGGAGGAGGAAAUGGAAGAAGAAGAGUACGAAGACGAACCUGAGGAGGAAGAUGCGGAAGGCGAUCUGGACCUGAGCACUCGCGAACCCUCCAACCGACUCAGUUUCUUGGAUUCCAAUUAUGGCAACCCAUUGCCAGCGCACUCCCCCGGGUUCGGCCAAGUGCGUAAACCGAUCUAUUCGAAUCCUACCGAUGCAAAGCGCCCGAAGCUGGACGAACACUGGGCCAACCAGUCACCACUGCGCAAGACGAAAUUGUCCCCAAAGAAAGCGUCCGCGAUGCCUUCGAUUCUGCACAAUAUGACCUCUAGAACCCGCCUACCCCCCGCCGAUGAGCCUGCUGAUAUGAUUCUCAACACGGAGGAUACGAUUCUCAGAAUGUAUGAUGAGCUUCAAAGCGCAGAGUACCGACAUCUCGAUCUCGAUGGCGUGUAUUCCCACAUCUCCAACAAGCUUGUCAACACUUGGGAUACGUGCGCAGACCGCAGCGGCAUUUCUAGACCUUAUGGGGCUGGCUCGAGCAUUGGCCCUGGAGAGGACGCUCCGCCACUAGUCAAGGCUAGCUUUUUGGCUUCUCUAUUGCUCCAAAUUCACCAUCCCUCUCGAGGCUCUGCUCCGAUCGCCAGUGCUUCGAACCCGGCUGCGCGUGUCGCACCUAAUAGUCUGGUUAGGGCCAUGCAGCGUGCUAGCGCUGCAACUCCAAUUCCACAAAUUUUGCUCGACUGGCUGAACGGAAACCACGCGUCUCAGACUAAUGAUCUGCAGGCGCUGCGGUACGUGGAGCCUAACCCGACUGCGUCAUCAAACUUUUGGGAUAUCAUCAAUGUAGCCGUUCUUCGCGGCCGUUUCGCCGAGGCGGCUGAGAUUCUUCGUUCUGCGGAUUUCAACUAUGCUCGUUCAGCUUUGGAAGAUGGGUUGGCCCAGCCCGGCUAUCGUGGAAUGCAGCUGCAAAACAUCCAGCGCUGCGUCAACAAGGCCCUUCAGAUUCUCGACUCUUGCCCCGGUUUCCAAGACGAUGAUUGGGCCAUUACCGGGCCUGAUUGGACCGAUUAUCGCAAGAGUGUUCUCUCCGCUGUCACCGACCUUGAAGAGUUUGCGGAAGGUGAAGAGCGGGACCAGGCCGAAGUGCCCGUGCAAAACCACGGGUUCCAGGCUGUCAACUUUGGGUUAUCUACCUUUGGCCAGGGUCAGAACCAGGUGAGCUUCACUCAGUCCGCGCGUAUGGCCGAGAGUCGCGUGCCGUGGACGAUCUACCAGAGCCUGCGAUCGCUGUUUCGGAUUAUUCUGGGCGAUACCGCUACUAUCAAGGCUUACUCGCAAGACUGGGUCGAGGCGACCAUUGGUUUGACCGCAUGGUGGGACGGCGAAGACGACGACGGUGCUUUCCGCGCCAGCACGAGGAGUAUGGACUUUCAGCGCUCCCGUGGAUCUCGGAAUCAGCUUCGUGAGGUGGAUCGUGACUUGCGGAAUGCCUAUCUGCGCCGCUUGGACCUGGCGUUCAGCAGCGCGACCAAUGAGCCGUCCGACGACGCCGGUUUCCGGGUGAAUACCAUGAACAGCUUGGAAGUUGGCUUGGCGUCCGUGUUUGAGGGUAAUGUACAAGGUGUGCUAGGACUGAUACAGUCAUGGUCUCUCUGUAUCACGGCUGCAAUCACGGAAGUGGCCGAGAUUGCCGGCUGGCUGGAGGAUGGAAGCCAGCAGAAGAUGACGGGUCUGAGUGAGAAUGACCUAAUGGUUCUUUCUUACGGUCAGGGCAACCUGCCUCCGUCUCCGGGACUUACUCGGGACGAGGCGAUGCGGAACUAUGCACUCGGAUUGAAUGAGCGUCAUUCUAUCGAGAAUGAGACUUGGUCUCGUGAGGGCUGGGAGUUGGCAAUCGAAGUGCUCUCCCGUUUGCACGAUUUGGAUUUGAGGAAGAAGGCUGUUACGGAGAUCGUGGAGAAGCUCCCUCUGGAUAAUAUUGAACAACUUGACAAGUUGGUUGUACUGUGCUCCGAUCUGAAUUUGGAGGAGCAGGGUCGUAAGAUCGCCGAGCGCUUUGGUGAUUUGACCACCGACUCCUCGGAGAACUACGGUCUCGCUCUGGUCAGUUAUGCGCGCGCCAACAAUCGCCGCAAGGUUCGGGCCGUCGUGGAGCUCCUCAUUUCCUUCAGUCUUGUGCAAUCGCGCGCGUACCCUGCUGCCGCCGAUCUGGACGAGCAACUCGGGUCUUUGCUCAGAGAACCCAAGACAUGCCUUUCGUCCAUUGCUUCCAUCAAUGAGGAAGCUGCCAGCAUUCUUCAGUUCUAUCUCAGUGGAUACGCCACGCUUCGCCGGUUCUAUGAAAUUCGCGAUGAGGCAUUGGGAUUGCAGGAGGGCCAGCGCCCGCGAUUCAAGCCGCUUGCUCGUCGCCGCGCCGCAGCCAAGGCUCUUACGGCGGUUAUCAGUAGUGCCGCCGAUAAUAUCUACGGUGGUUUGUUCGAUCCGGAACGUGACUCGGCCGUACAGGUAGAUGGGUUGAUGGCGUUGUUGGGUGAAGCAUUGCCAUUCGUCAACCAACCGUCUCCCAUCCUCACCGUCUCGCAACAAUUCACCAUUCUCUCCGCAAUCGAAGACCUCGAAACAGUCACUCCCCGAGUCUACGCCCAAUGCGAAGAAUGCUUCCGCUCCACCCUCCUCUCCGCAAACCCAUCAGCAUCUUUCCCCUCCCCGCCAUCCCCACGCACCCUCCUUAAGAAAUCCGUCUCUGCCCUUUCAGCAUCAACCUUCUCCAUUAUCGGUUCCGACAUGCUCGAGUCUGCCCGCACCCGCUCAGCGCCGGGCUCGGGUCCCACUUCCGCCGGUAGUUCGGGAGUGCUUGUCCCGCGACCUAGUCACAAGGACGCCGGUUCGGCUCGUGGUUGGGAUUGGAGGGUUGGUCUACCUGAAGGGACGAAGGGGGAGGAUGUACUCCGGAUGUUGAGAUUGGGGCUCGCGCGUGGAUUGAGCGUUGGUGCCUUGGGAGUCGUUUAGUGUUUACUAAGGUAGACAAGAUCCAGGGCUGGUCUAGGUCUAGCGUAUAUUAUGGCAUGGCAUGGCCUGGCAUGACCAGCUGAGGAUUCUGGCGAUGAAGGUCUGGAGCAUGUAUGAUUACUUUGGCCUUUGUUUUCAGGUUUACUUAUUACUUUAUUUUUUUUUCUCGUGUUGGGUGGGAGUCCUGGUAGCAUGGAUAAUAGCAUUCAUCCGUUUCCCACAUGGAAUUUUUUUUCUUUUUCUGGAGGUCCUAAUUUCUUGUAGUUUUUGCCGAGUGUGGCUGGUGGAGCGGUCAGGUCAGCGCGAGACCGAUAGACG